AGCGCCACCGCCGUGUCCCCAGGGUGCUGGGCGCCGCGCCACGCCGCUGCCCCCCCCCCUCGCCUCCAAGAUGUCCUACUUCGCCGAGCACUUCUGGGGCGAAAAGAACCACGGCUUCGACGUGCUCUACCACAACAUGAAGCACGCGCAGAUCUCCACCAAGGAGCUGGCCGACUUCGUGCGCGAAAGGGCCGCCAUCGAGGAGAACUACGCCAAGGCCAUGGUGAAGCUGUCGAAGAUGGCCACCAACGGCACGCAGCUGGGGACUUUCGCGCCGCUCUGGGAGGUGUUCCGCAUCUCCUCGGACAAGCUGGCCCUGUGCCACCUGGAGCUGAUGAAGAAGCUCCACGAGCUCAUCAAGGAGAUCUCGCGCUACGGCGAGGAGCAGGGCCGGGUGCACAAGAAGUCGAAGGAGGAGGCGGCGGGCACGCUGGAGGCCGUGCAGCUCCUGCACGGGGUGGCCCAGCUGCUGCCCAAGUCCAAGGAGAGCUACCACAGCAAGUGCCAGGAGUACGAGCGGCUCCGCAAGGAGGGCACCAGCCAGAAGGAGAUCGACAAGGCGGAGCUGAAGUCGAGGAAGGCGGGCGAGGCGCUGCGGCGCGCCGUGGACAAGUACAACGCCGCCCGCGCCGACUUCGAGCAGAGGAUGCUGGAUUCGGCCAUGCGCUUCCAGGAGGUGGAGGAAGCCCACCUGCGCCACAUGAAGGGCCUCAUCGGCUCCUACUCGCACUCGGUGGAGGACACCCACGUCCAGAUCGGGCAGGUGCACGAGGAGUUCAAGCAAAACGUGGAGAACAUCGGCACCGAGAUGCUGCUGCGGAGGUUUGCCGAGAGCAAGGGCACGGGGCGAGAGCGACCAGGCGUGCUGGAUUUCGACGAGUACCGGCUGGCUCCAGCGCAGGAAGGGCCCAAAAGGAGCCGCAGCAAAGCCUUCCGCAUCCCUGGGCUGAGCCGCAAGGAGAGGGAGCGUGAUGCUGGGGAGUCCCCAGACGCCGAUGCGGCCUGCCCGGAGGUGGACGAGGACGGAUUCAGCGUGCGCCCGGACCUGCCCCAAGGCGAGGCGGAGAACCACGGCUGCUCCUCCAGCGACUCGGACUACGACGAGGACGAGCCCCGCAAGUUUUACAUCCACAUCAAGCCCGUGCAGCCCCGGGGGGCCGGCGGCAGCGCCGAGGCCACCGUGGAGCAGCUCAAGGCCACCGUGGGAAACCUCAUCCUGCCCCCCGGUGUCGGGGGCACCGUCAAGCGGCAGUCAUCCCGGCACGUGGCGGCUCUGUCCCCGGCCCCGAGCACUGCUGCCGACCCCGAGGGGACGCUGGUGGCAGGUGACAGCGCAGGGAGGGGGCGCCCAGCGGCGCAGGCGACCAGCAAAGCCCUGCCGGACACGGUGCCCCCCGACGCGCUCUUCGGGCCCCCCCUGGAGUCAGCCUUCGAAGCGGAGGAUUUCCCGGCCCCCCGCGCCUACGUCCUGACUUCCUCCUCCUCGCCCUUCUCCUCCUCCUCCCCGGAGAACGUGGAGGACUCGGGCUUGGACUCGCCCUCGCACCCCGCUCCCGUCCCCUCCCCGGACUCGAGGCCGUGGACGCCGCAGCCGGGGACGCCGCAGAGCCCCCACCCCAAGCGGGGGGCGCAGCCGGACCCCCCCCCGCCGCGGCCCCGCAGCCCCGGGGGGCGCCUGCCCGAGCUGCCCGGCUUCGCCGUCUUCAGCGGCCCCGGGGUCGAGGGGCUCUGGGAGGAGGACGGGGGGGGGACAGCGCCCCGGGGACGGCCCCGCGGCACGGCCCCCCCCCCAGCCCCCCUCUCCCGACCCUUUCGGGGAGCCCCCGCCCUGGCUGCGGCCCCGCAGCCCCCCCGGGGACCGGCCCCCGCAGCCCCGACCUUCCUCCAACUCGGCCUCGUCUUCCUCCUCCUCCCCGGCCCCCCCCAGCGGGGGGGAGUCCUCCAGCCCCUCCCCAUGGAGCUGCCAGGGGUCGGGGACGGGGAUGCCCGAGGGGGACACACCGGGGGCCCCCCUCUGCAGCCUGAGCCAGACCCCCGCCCUGCCGCCGCCGCCCCCCGCGAGGUCCCGCUGGUGGCCCCCCCUCGCCGUUCCCGGACGAAGCGGCCGGCGGCCGGCCCGGCUGCGGGCAGCAACACCGACCUGUCGCGCUCGCUCAGCCCCUCGCCCUCGUGGAGCUGCGGCCCCUCGCACUCGGCGCCCGCCAGCCUGGGCGAGCGCGGCUUCUUCGCCGUCUGCCAGCCGGCGCUCGGGAUAUCGCGGGGCCCCAGCCCCGUGGUGCUGGGCUCGCAGGACGCGCUCCCCGUGGCCACCGCCUUCACCGAGUACGUGCACGCGUACUUCAAGGGGCGCGAUGCCGACAGCUGCCUGGUGAAGGUGACGGGGGAGCUCACCAUGUCCUUCCCCGCCGGCAUCGUCCGCGUCUUCAGCGGGGGCAUGGCCCCCCCCGUGCUCAGCUUCCGCCUGCUCAACACCGGCGCCAUCGAGCAGUUCCUGCCCAACGCCGAGCUGCUCUACAGCGACCCGUCGCAGAGCGACCCCAGCACCAAGGACUUCUGGCUGAACAUGGCUGCGCUGACGGGGCACCUGCAGAAGCAGGCGGAGCAGAGCCCGGCCGCGUCCUACUACAACGUGGCUCUGCUCAAGUACCAGUUCUCACGGCUGGGUCCCAGCUCGGCGCCGCUGCGGCUGUGCGUGCGCUGGGACUGCUCGCCGGGCGCCACGCGGGUCAGCGUCGACUACGGCUACAACGCCGGCGCCCUCGCCCUGCCCGUGCCCCUCGCCAACGUCCACGUCCUGCUGCCCCUGGACGAGCCCGUCACCAACGUGCGGCUGCAGCCGGCUGCCAGCUGGAACCUGGAGGAGAAGAGGCUGCUCUGGAAGCUGCUGGAUGUCCCCGGAGCGCCGGGGCAGGGAGGCAGCGGCCGGCUCUCGGCCAGCUGGGAGCCCCUCUGCGGGCCCAGCAAGCCCAGCCCCGUGGCGGCCCAGUUCAGCAGCGAGGGCAGCACGCUGUCGGGCGUCGAGGUGGAGCUGGCGAGCGCCGGCUACCGCAUGUCGCUGGUCAAGAAGAGGUUUGCUACGGGGAUCUACCUGGCGGGGUCCUGAGCUGCCUCCCGGUGGAGCCUCCAAGCCCCCCCCGGGGCUUCCCCCUUGGUUGUGUGAACUCAAAACACUGGAUGGAGGCUGGCGGGGAGGGGGUGCCCCCCUCCUCUUCCUCCUCCUCCUCCUCUUCCUCCCCCCCCCCCCCCCCCCCGUGGCUGUAACCGCGUCGUCUCCUGCUGCCCGGCGGACGGACCCCCGCCGCCCCCCCCCCCGUGCUGUGAAGGGAGCAGGAGCUGCUCUUUUAUUAAACACUUUAUUUUCUAAU